AUGAGUCCACAGAGAAGACGCAAGAUGCCUCAGGAGCAGCUGGACACUCUCUGCUUUAAAAUGAGAGAAGGAUUGCCUAAAUGGAGAGAUGUUUUCACAUGGCAGCUGUUGAAGAUUCUGCUGAUGGGACAAGGCCUCUCUGCUCUGAUCUGUGGCACUGCUGUAACAUCACAGUAUCUGGCAUCUGUUUACUAUCUGAAUACCCCGAUGCUGCAGAGCUUCAUUAACUACACCCUCCUGGGCAUCACUUACACCAUGGCACUGAUCUUCAGAAGAGGUGAUGGAAAUAUUUUGCAGAUAUUAAAGACAAAAUGGUGGAAGUAUCUAUUGUUGGCGGUGGCAGAUGUGGAGGCAAAUUAUGCAGUGGUGAAAGCAUACCAGUACACUACAUUAACCAGCAUACAGCUGUUGGACUGCUUCAUUAUCCCAGUUUUAAUGAUCUUGUCCUGGUUCUUCCUGAAGACCCGCUACAGGAUCAUUCACUAUGCAGCUGUAAGCAUCUGUCUGGCCGGGGUGGGAGCCAUGGUGGGAGCAGACAUCCUCGCUGGACAAGACCAGGGAUCAUCCAGUGACGUUCUCCUGGGUGAUGGUCUGGUUUUAGUUAGCGCCACUCUGUAUGCCAUCUCCAAUGUGUGCCAGGAAUACACAGUGAAGAAUCUGAGCCGGGUGGAGUUUCUGGGGAUGGUCGGCCUCUUUGGGUCUAUUAUCAGCGCAAUACAACUAGGGAUUCUAGAACAUAAAGAAGUGGCUAACAUUCAGUGGACAUGGGAAAAAGCUCUUCUCUUGGCUGGAUAUGCGCUCUGUAUGUACGGCUUCUAUAGCUUCAUGCCUGUGGUGAUAAAAAGGAGCAGUGCCACAGCGGUUAACCUUUCCUUACUCACCGGAGACCUCUUCAGUCUGUUUUUUGGCCUCUUUUUGUUCCAUUACAACUUCUCAGGCCUGUAUAUCGUGUCAUUGGUGGGAAUCCUCAUCGGGUUCAUCAUGUUUAACACUGUUCCGACGUUGAGCAGACUUUCUGACCCGUCAUCUGAUGAAGAAGGCGUUGACAAUCACACAGCGGACACUGACAACAAUAGUAUUGAAGGCUGUGAGGGAGAGAUCAGCGGUGCACAAGCAGAGCAGAGAGAAAGACCACCAGCAUGUGUCGUCAUAAACAGUGUUAAACUCUAGUCUCCUUCAAUUCUGUUCACUUUUCAUGGCUUUUAAUAUAAUGUUAACAUCAAACGUGUCACAAUGAACACGGAGUGCGUUUGUGUUACGAGGAAGUAAAUGUUUGGAGCAUGACCCCAUAAAUUAUUUGAUCAUA